CAGGUGGGGCAGGUUUGUGUUGUCACCACACAAGCUAUGUGGAGAGAAAGAGAAGGUUAGAGGAGAAAGUCGGAGCGUGAGAGGAGCAGGUGUCCCAGAGGAUCAUAACUUCCAUCUCCUGACUCCUUUUUAAAAAGAAGAUCCUGGAACCCAACAUGAACUCACGAGGACCCAAAAGGAUGUGAAUUCAUGCCGUGUUCUGCCGAGGGCAACAAAGUAAGUCAACACCUGAGCUAAAAUGAGAAACUGAACUGAGUCUGUUCUGUCCUACAAGAGGAAAGGGGGGAGGUCGGAUCUGCCUGGGGGGCGUACGGACGAAGGAGGACAAAACUGGAAAGAAAAUCCCACAUGUGGGGUUUUUUUGUUUUUGUUUUUAAAGACUGAUCCUGUUAUAACCUUUUUUGAUUUGAAUUUUUUUUUUUUUUUUUAAGACGGCAACUGAAUUUUUGUCAUUUUGUAAAAAAAAAUAGAAUUAUUAAAUUCUAUUUUUUGCAAAUUUAAGCAAAACACAUGAGGACUUCCUAGUCUAAACAAAGUUGCUGCUGGGUGCACCACCUGCUCAAUAACUGGAACUUUUUUCACUUGAACUGCAGAGUUGUCUGUCAAAACUCAUAAAGAAAACACAACAUUAUUUGACCUUAAAGGUUAAAUAUUCAAGGAGCAAGAAGGAACAUUUCCGUCCCAAAAAAACCCUCAAACUUUUAAAGAUCUACCAUGCAGGAAUCGGGGCCAGAACACGACGACUCCUUCGAUUUUCUGUUCAAGAUCAUUCUGAUAGGAGACACCAACGUUGGGAAGACCUGCGUGGUCCAGAAUUUCAAAUCUGGGGUGUUCUCCGAGAAACAGCAGAACACCAUCGGGGUUGAUUUCACCGUCAGGACGUUGGACAUCGAGGGCAAGAAGGUCAAGAUGCAGGUUUGGGACACCGCUGGUCAGGAGAGGUUCCGAACCAUCACCCAAAGCUAUUACCGCAGUGCACACGGCGCCAUGAUCGCCUAUGACAUCACGCGACGGGCGACCUUUGACUCGGUGAGCCACUGGAUCAGGGAGGUGGAACUGUAUGGGGCGGCAAACGUGGUCCUGGUGCUUAUAGGUAACAAAUGUGAUCUGGAGGAGGAACGGCAGGUCCGGUUCCAGGAUGCCUGCAACCUGGCAAAAGAGAUAGGCAUUUUGGCGGCUUUGGAAACAUCAGCAAAGGCAAGCCAGAAUGUGGAGGAGGCCUUUGUGAUGAUGGCCAGGGAGCUGAUGUCGAGAAAUGGCCUUCUGUUCCAGCACGAGGACAUCAACGGCCUGCCGCGGAUUCUACUCCAAGCCAACUCUCAACCGGUUGACCUCAACACUGCCGCCUACACGCCGCCGCCAGAGAAGAAGUCGUGCUGCUGAAAAAUGGACAAUGAAGUUGAAAGAAUCAUAUCAAGCUUUUUUUUUAUAAAACGGUGUGCGUGUUGCAGAAAGCCGCACAUCCUUGAAAAAUGUUGCAUAACCAGUACAGGUACAGGUGCGUGUGACUUAUCUGACAGAACCGAGAGAAAGUGAAUAAUGUGUGCCGGAAGUUUUCCUGAAAUUCCUACCGUCCCAGGAGAUUGACUCUUGAAGACACUUUAAAUCCAAAUAAACUUAUUUUAGACUGAGUUUGAAUCGAAAGCACAUAUGCUGGGAUCAGAUUCAAGAUUCCAAGACAUCAGUGCAUUUAUUUUAUCAUAGUUUUUUAGUAACUUUGGGGGUUUACAACCAAAUCGUUGAUUGUUUUUUUGUUUUGUUUUUUUGUAAAAUGAUGAGUAUUUCCUCUUGGAUAAAGUCCUACUAAAGUAUGUUGCUUUUUUGUGUCACCUUGGAGGAAAAACAAGCUAAAGAACUGAAUUAUACCUUCUGGUUUGACUUUGUUCUGUUACAAAACAGCGUUAAAACAUCAUUUCUUCAGGCUGUGAGAGCAGAAAGUGUUUUUUAUUUCAUUUUAGUAUUUUCUUUUUAAGUUGUCAUCCCAUCAUGAUGAACUGCAUUGGUUUGGGCAAAAUGAUAGAAGAACACAAACACAUUUAUUUUGAGUGGAGUUACUUUGUAGAAACACUAGGGGGCAGCAUAAAGUAAAAAUAAUCAAGUUUGGAAAUUAAAACUUGUGUAAAAAGGGUUUUUUUUUUUUUUGUAACAGCAUAAGUAUACAAAGUACUGGAGAGGAAAAAUAUUUUUAAAAUGUCCUUUUAAAACUCCAAUGAAGAUUGUAGCUGUAAGAGGAAACUCGGUUAAUUGAGCCUAAACAGAAUCUGAGGACAAAUGAAAUUUCUGUUGAAGUCUUUUAUUUUUCUAUUAAUAACAUUUAAAGCCUUUUAAUAAACUGAUGUGUUUUAAA